AUGGCGUAUCAAACCCUUCUCCAAGAGUAUAUGCUAAUACCACCAGUCACCAGGGCUUACACCACGGCUUGUGUUGUCACAACUUUGGCUGUUCAACUUGAUUUAGUAUCACCUUUUCAAUUAUACUUCAAUCCAAAUUUGAUACUGAGAAAAUAUCAACUAUGGAGACUGUUAACAACAUUCCUGUUCUUUGGAAACCUUGGGUUUAAUUUCUUUUUCAAUGUGAUAUUCACAUAUAGAUAUUGCAGAAUGCUUGAAGAAGGCUCUUUCAGAUCGAGAACAGCAGAUUUUGUUGUCAUGUUCAUAUUUGGAGGCUUAUUAAUGAUCAUAUGUGCUUUCUUUGUUAAUCUAUUGUUUUUAGGUCAAGCGUUUACAAUCAUGAUUGUGUAUGUAUGGUCACGCAGGAAUGUUUUCGUGAGAAUGAACUUCUUUGGAUUAAUGAACUUCCAGGCACCUUACCUCCCCUGGGUUCUGCUUGGUUUCUCAGUUCUGCUCGGCAAUGCAAUUUCAGUUGAUCUAGUUGGAAUGGCAAUCGGUCACAUUUACUUUUUCUUGGAGGAUGUUCUACCGAGACAAAGGAAUGGAGAAAGACUCUUGAAAACACCCAAUUUUUUGAAAAAACUCUUUGAUCCACGGCCAGAGGAACCUGAAUAUGUUCAUCUUCCAGAAUUGGAUAAUGUACGCCCAGGAGGCUACGAGUGGCGCCAUCCAUAUCCCCGAGAGGAACAGAAUGGUCAAGUGCAAUAAGACAAUUUUACAAACAAUGAAUAUAAUGCAAUAUUGAACCAAAACAUUAAUCAAAAAUAUUCAUUUUACUAUAUUAAUAUUCUAUGAAAUAUUAUGUACAUUGUACUCGCUAAGGAUUAAAACUAACUAAAGUUGUUUUUAUUGAGUUUGUUAUUUAAGAAAAAUUCAAAUGAUUGUUACAUUUUGGUUGGAACAUAUUCCGUUGUUAUAUUAUCUGGAUGAAUCGAUAAAAUGUAUUUGUGUGUAUAGUUUGGAUAUUGAUAAGGGAUAUUAAUAUAUACUUUUUAAGUAAA